AUGGAGCGGUACCUCAGGGAGGAACCCCGGGGCAAGCGACGGGACCCUGCCCCUGAGGAGGAGUGGGCCAGGUCCCCGACCUGCUCCCCACCCUCGCCGCAAUCACCCCCCUCGCCGAGGCUGUUCACAGUAACUGCGGUGAAGAGCGAGCCACCCAGCGACUCCGACGAGCCUAAAGGUGUGGAAGUGGCAGACGAGCCGCCGAGCCCGGCACCGGCGCGACGUCCGCCAGCACCACGGCUCCAUCCGCAGCCGAACGCCCCGGAUCCACGCCGCCGCGUCCACCGCUGCGAGUUCCCAGCCUGCGAUAAAGUCUACACUAAGAGCUCGCAUCUCAAAGCUCACAAGAGGACGCACACCGGCGAGAAGCCGUACAAGUGCUCGUGGGAGGGCUGCGAGUGGCGCUUCGCGCGUUCCGACGAACUGACCAGACACUACCGCAAGCACACCGGGGCCAAGCCGUUCCGUUGCCGCCACUGCGAGCGCUGCUUCUCCCGCUCCGAUCACCUUGCGCUCCACGCCAAACGCCACGCG